UCACUUGCCAGAAACCUUGCGGGACAUGUCCACCCGUUGACGGUAAUUCGGCGAUGAGGAUUCCCACCGUGUGUCACCGGAUGUCUGGCGAGUUCCCAUCGUGCAUCCGGCUCUUGUCUGGCGGACGGGAGCGGCUCCAGAUGUGGGUCUGAAGGAGGAGGCUGUGGUGAGAGUGGGCACAUAGGGGUUUGAAAUUGCUCCAAAUUUGGUGCCGGGAAAACAAGAAGGAUCGAAGAAUAUAACAAGAAGAGGUGAGUAACAGGAGGUGUUUGUCGCUGUAGCUUCUGUGCCACUACCAUGAGCUGGAGUUUCCUGACUCGUCUGCUGGAAGAAAUCCACAACCACUCCACGUUUGUGGGCAAGAUCUGGCUCACCAUCCUCGUUGUUUUCCGCAUUGUGCUGACGGCUGUAGGAGGAGAGUCCAUCUACUAUGAUGAGCAGAGCAAGUUCGUCUGUAACACGGGUCAACCGGGCUGCGAGAACGUCUGCUACGACGCCUUCGCUCCGCUCUCGCACGUCCGCUUCUGGGUCUUCCAAAUCAUCCUGGUGGCCACGCCUUCACUCAUGUACCUGGGCUACGCGGUCAACAAGAUUGCUCGGGCAGAGGAGCGGGCUGGCAGUGGGGGAGGUAGUGGAUUAUCACGGAGGAAACCCCAGAAGCAUUACCUUGGGGGCAGAAUGCAGCACAGAGGUGUUGAAGAGGCUGAGGACAACCAAGAGGAAGACCCGAUGAUCUAUGAAAUGACAGAGGUGGUGAGCGAUGCUGCAGCAAAAGGAGACAGUGGUGAAGAACAAGUAAAGGUCAAGGCGCGGCAUGAUGGACGCCAGCGUAUCAAAGAAGAUGGGCUAAUGCGUAUUUACGUGUUUCAGCUCUUGGCCCGCUCUUUGCUGGAGGUGGCCUUCCUGUGCGGUCAGUACUUCCUGUAUGGAUUUGCAGUACCUCCGACCUACAUGUGCUCUGACCUUCCCUGCCCUCACAGUGUGGACUGCUUUGUGUCUCGCCCUACUGAGAAAACUAUCUUCCUCCUCAUCAUGUAUGUUGUCUCCAUGCUCUGUCUGGCUCUCAAUGUAUGGGAGAUGCUUCACUUGGGCAUCGGCACCAUCUGUGAAAUUGUACGCACCCGCCAGGUGCAGCUCCCCGGUGGAGAGUUGUACGGACUUUCACAUGACCAUGGAGCUAUGAAAGAGGCCGGAUUGGGCGGAAGGGAUUACCACAGCUACCCGUAUUCUUGGAACGCAUCAACAGAUCCACCAGGGUACAACAUCGCAACUAAGCCUACUAUGGUAUCUACAAAGACCCACGACAAACCACUGCCCAUCACCGACCUUGCUAAUGCUAAGAUGGCAUGCCGACAGAACCACGUAAACAAUGCCCAAGAGGAGUUUCAGCACUUCUCCAGAAAUGAUGACAACUUGGGCAGAGAGGGGAUGGAGGAUGCCUCCAGAUGUGUCAUCAGUCCAGCUCAGAAAAAGCUGGAGUCCGAGUGUCCGGCCUACCAGCACCUUCAGAGCCACAAUGACAAUGACCACAGCAUUCCUCACCGCGAUCGUAAACACCAGCAGGUCCACAAACACGCCUCCAGCAAGGCAGAGGCAGACAGAGGCAGCAGCAUCAGCAUCACCAGUAGUAACAGCAAAUACGGAGUGGUGAAGGGUUCCCAGUGGAUCUGAAGGAAAGGCUGUGACUUUUUGUUUUUCCCUAGUUCAGUUUUUUUUUUUUUUACUCCUCAGAUCAACACAUAUUUACAUAUGUAUAUCUUGUAUUAAAUUGUACACUUAACGCAAGUCUAUUCCAAAUAAAAUUGGGUGUUAACAAUUAUCAGCUUGUGCUUUACAAUUUUAUUUUUAUUUUCAGGAUUACAUUUUGUUUAAUGUCUCUCUGGAGGAUGUUCAUGUCGACUUCAAUUUAGUAUGGAUAUAAAGUGCAGAGGCAGCUUUGCUGAAACCUAUGGUGCCUUAUGUAAACAGCCAAAGAGCUGCUUCCCACUGACUCUGCAUCACUUCCUGUUCAACUGUUCAAGAAUGAUUUUUGACACAAUGUGCUCAUAACUACGAACUGACAACAGGAGCCGGCUUCAUGUGGCUAGUUUUCAUGACUGUCCAGGUGUUAAAGCAGUAAUGCAAUAUUCAAUCUUUAUUUUCUCCAAACUUUCAUUUUUUUCAACGCUAUGAAGAAAAAACGAUGUAUGUUGUAAUUGGCUAAAUUGACAGUUUUUCUUGUUUUCUGUUUAAUAUAUUGUUCAAUUGAUGUUAGGCAAAGUUGA